AACUCUUGACAACUCGUCAGUACUUUUAUUUUAUACUUUAAGUACAUUUUCUUGAUUAUAUAUAUUUUACAGGAGCUGUAGUUGUUGACGAAAUGAGUACUAAAGACUUAAAAUGUAUGAGAUCUCCUUAAAACGACACUGUUUUGUUAUUAAAGAGGGCAAUCUUCCAUGUACGGUUUGUUGUCAGUUUUCAGCGGAUGAUGAAUAUUGUCCUACAGUAACACCCGUAGACCAUCGGUCACAUGACCACCAGUGUUUCCCGUUAAUAUUAUAUUACACUUCCAUGUUUUUCACCUCAAACAGCAACUGUGAUGUAAAUAACAACGUACGAAAUCGUAACUUUUGCGUGAUUUGCCCCACAUAGAAAGUUAUCUUAACGUCCGUCACAUCGCUACAGCUAGCCGCGGUGCUAAUCCGGAGCAACAUGGCUAACUGUGUGGCUUUCCAGAGCAAGUUAACCUCGAUCAUGGAGAUGCUGGCUAAAGCUGCCGUGGUAGAAAUCAGUAAACUGUGGGAGGACGGCUUCACACUCGUACAGGUCGAGCUUCGCCGGAGAGAGAAAGAAAUUGAAGCCCUGAACGGAAAGUUGAUAAUGAUGGAAAACGAGCGGUUAACGGUUCUGUCUCAGGCUCACACCACAAAUCUGUCUUCAUCAUCUUCCUCCAAGAGAGAGCAGCAGAACAAGCUGCUGCCACCCAACUGUGAUGGGCCUAUAAUAGAUUCAGUCCAGACGUUGUCUUCUGAUCAGAGCAUCAGAGAGAAAGCAGACACCUCAGCCAAUCACAGAACACCACCACCACCACCUUCACAGUCAGAAGAGAGACAGUGCGAGCAGCUCAAGUGUGAUCAAUGUGAAAGCGACUGCAGAGACCACGACGAUGAGGACUUCAUUGUCAAACUAGAACACGAGGACGACGUCCAGAUUGUAGAGCAGGCCCUGGACUCUGAUCACAGUGUUAACAAGGGAGCAGGUCACCAUGAGAUGGAGAUGAACCUCCAACCUGCUGAGGUUCUGGAAGAACAAGAAAGCCAGCAGUGGUCAUCCGUUUCAGUGGAGGACAGCGAUCCUGCAGAUGACUCUGACUGCUUUUUUGAACCAAAGCAGCUGUCACAGAAUCUGGACUCAGAAAUCCUGCUCAUUCAGAACGCUUUGGACAUUUUUGAUAACUCAGCAGAGACGGCGUACUCUGACAGGUUUAUGAGGGAUAAUGGACAAGGCGCAUCAAGCAAGUCAAGGGCUCCUGUGACUUUUAGCCAAGCUCAGUCAAGUCAGCCUAUAGAAGCAAUAAAUCACCCGGAGAGAGGAGUGUCCAUUCGAUUCCUCUCAGAGAAACAACCACAAACCAAAAACACAUCGGCUUUCAACCCAGACAGGCGGUUCUUUCUCUUAAAUGACCCCGAGUUGCACAAAACUAUAGCGAGUCGUCGCAUAAAGGAGAAAUGGUUCAUCUGCCCGUUCUGUGGUAAAAGCUUCGAUCGCGUCAGCCAUCUGGAGAUUCACCAGAGAAUUCACACGGGAGAGAAACCGUACACAUGUGACACGUGUGGCAAGAGCUUUUCCCAGAGGAGUAACCUUCGCACUCACCAACGGACCCACAAAGAGGCCCUGUCCCAGAAUGCAGUUUGAUUCAAAAGAUUCUGAAGGAGGAGCAAAGACACAAAUCUAUCCAAUGUCUGGACUGAUUAAGAAAUUCUCAGUGUAUUGUAUGUAGCGGACUGAUUUUACAGUGCACUCCUGUUUUUCAGGGGGAUAUUAUAACUUUGGUAUAGCUUUGAUUUUAAGAACUAAUUUUGGUACUUAUGAACUAUUUGUAAAUGCAGCCUUUUAAGAAGUUUAUAUAUAUAAAAACAACAAUAUGUAAGGACAUCCAGCCCCUGUGCGGUAGAUGAGGUGAUUUCUUCAGGUCGUACAUACAGACACAAACUGGUCUUUUAAUAUUUGGUUGGUUGAUGUGAGUCAGUGAGAAUCAGAAGUGAUUGGAGGGCAAACCUCCUUAUCACUGUAGACUGUAGGGAAAAAAAAAAAGGUCCUAACAAUUUUUGCUUGGCCUGACGGUGAUGUAGGCUGCCUCCAAAACGUCACCUGCCUCCAUAUCAGCCACUCACAAGAUUCGAUUCAGUUGCAGUAGCCGGGCUUCAACCUGCAGAGGGCAGGUGCUAUACGUAUUCAUAACACAAAACAUACAAUUCAAAUACUUUGCACUAAAAUGUCAAGAUUUGGACCUGAAUCAACCAGUAACACUACAAAAUAUCUAUUUAAAUUGAUUUUCAGCAGAAAAAAGUGGUUUAGUUACACUUUAAACAUUCAUAUCCUCUGGUAGAGGUUUCCCAUGGGAUCCCCAGGCUCUCCAUAGCAUGCUGGGAGAUGUAGGCCUUCUUAUAGGCAGUCCAUUGUGUGGUAGCUGCAAGUCUCUGCCAGUCGUCCGCUCUGAGUGGAAAAGCAGCAUCUUUAAGGACUAGUCUUUCUUGAAGAAAGUAAGAUGAGAAGAUUGACACUGUUCUCAUAUCUGUACUGUACAUAUGGAGCUGCUGCCUGUUAGCUUAGCUUAGCUUAGCUUAGCACAAAGUCUGAACGAGUGAAACAGCUAGCCUGGCUCUCUUCAAAGGCUAUCAGCACCUCUAACAAGUAAAAUCACGCUUGUUUAAUCCAUAUAAAAAAUAGUGUUUUUUGAACUGAUUAAACAACAUGCAACAUAUUCAUUAGAGUUUUAGAAGUGCUGCUAGGUCUAUUGAUUCCCCCUCUUUGUGCAAAGCUAACCAGCUGCUGGCUGUAGCUUCACAUUUACUUACUGACGCAAGACAGUCAAAAUUAGUUCAAAAUGUCGAACUUAAAAUUUAAUACAGAGGUUCUCUGAGGUUACUGAACUCAUCACCCUGCAACACAAAGUGAAAACACACACUUUUUAUACUUGUAUCCACAUUUUCAAUUAUUUCAGUCACUGCUGAGUUAAUGUGGAUGUAAACGUCAGAACAAGAAUAAACCAGGAAAUCACUACAGGUUCAUGCAAAUGCUGUGUUACUUAACAGCUAACAGUUAACAGCUGUGAUCAGCGGCGGCCUUUAACCUCGUGUGGGCUCAAACAAGCUUCACUGUCCCCGGUUAUGACAAAGAACCGUGACGUUGUUUUUAUGCUGUACUUUUAUGAAUAAACAUUUCAGCAUUUA